UCAGUGUGUCCCAGCGUGAGUCUGCGGCCGGUCGAAGCAUGGAGGAGUUAGCCCGAGAGAGCAUCAGCCUGCUGGCCUCCGCCUCGGCCAAGCCACGCGUGGACGCGGGCGCCGGGCGCCGCCUCGGCUCCGUGGGGGCCGUUUUCAUCAUGCUGAAAUCCGCCCUCGGCGCCGGGCUCCUCAACUUUCCGUGGGCCUUCGAGAGAGCCGGGGGGGUCCGCAGCGCGGUCACCGUGGAGCUGGUCUCCCUGGUGUUCCUGGUCAGUGGCCUGAUCAUCCUGGGCUACGCCUCGUCCAUCAGUGGCCAGUGCACCUACCAGGCGGUGGUGAAGGAGCUGUGCGGGCCAGCCAUCGGACAGCUGUGUGAGAUCUGCUUCGUCUUCAACCUCUUCAUGAUCUCCGUGGCCUUUCUAGUGAUAGUGGACGACCAGCUGGACAAGCUGUGCGGCUCGCUGUACCAGCUGAUAACGGAUAUGCCGGCGUCGGAGAUGCCGCACCACUUCUACACAAACCAGCACUUUGGGCUGGUGCUGCUCUGCCUCCUUCUCAUCCUGCCGCUGUCCAUCCCCAGAGAGAUCAGCAUCCAAAAGUACAUCAGUGGUCUUGGCACCCUGGCUGCCACCUACCUGACCAUUGCCAUCAUCAUCAAAUACCACACCACGCCCUCUGUUGUGGUCCACAUCUCGCCUCUCUACACCAGUGGGAUCAGCUCCUGGUCCUCCAUGUUCAGCGUCAUACCAACCAUCUGCUUCGGUUUCCAGUGCCACGAGGCGUCCGUCGCCAUCUACAGCAGCAUGGAGAACCAGCGUCUCUCCCACUGGGUUUUCAUCUCCGUGGUCUCCAUGAUCUUUUGUCUGGUCAUCUACUCCCUCACAGGGGCAUACGGGUACCUGACAUUUGGAAAGGACGUGAAGGCCGACAUUCUGAUGUCGUACACCGGCGACGACGUCCUGAUGCUCGUUGCCAGGCUGCUGUUUGGAAUCUCCAUCAUCACCAUCUACCCCAUCAUCCUGCUGCUGGGCAGAUCGGUGAUCCAGGACCCCUUGCUGAGCUGGCGGCGGCGGCAGGUCGGCGCGGCGACAGCGGCGUUUGAGAGCCGCAGCCGCUACGCGCUGACGGUCAUGUGGAUAACGGCGACGCUCCUCAUCGCCACGUACGUGCCGGAUAUCAGCAAGGUCAUCAGCGUCAUCGGGGGGAUCAGCGCCUUUUUCAUCUUCAUCUUCCCAGGACUCUGUUUGAUGUUCGCCAUGCAGUCUGAGCCGGUGUCCUGUAAAACCAGAGUCCUCCUCACCGUGUGGGGGGUGGUGACCCUACUCUGUGGAGCUUUCAUCUUCGGCCAGAGCACCACCAUCGCCGUCAUGCAGGUCCUCGGGAAGAUCUGAGCGCUGCCCCUGGUCGCACCGAUCCAAGGGUUUACAUGGAGACGUGGUGACCACAUCACCAAUCCUUUCCUCUCCCCCGGAGAGCUAAACCCAGUAAAAACCCUCCCUCCUUCAGCCCCGAGGUACGGCGCAUUCAUUUGGGUUCAUGGUUCCUAGUUGCAAAUGAGCAGGAGCAGCGUCUUCCUCUCGCCAUACUGAGAUGAUCUGAUUGAAAUCCUUUGUUUAUAUUGUUGUUGAUCGACCAUCACAUUCAUUUUGCAUACAGCAUGUGAUCUAUGAAGAUAAGGAGCUCAAACUGAUGGCAGGCUGGCAGUUUCUUUUCUUUUGUGCCGUUAUUCUUGAAGAAUGUAUUAGACUUUAACGGUGUUUAAUUAUGAACAGUGUCACGUUAAACCAACGGGAACGUUGUGCCAAUAUGAAAUUAAAACUUGAGGGCUAUUAUUAUGUGUGCCAAACAUGAGGCCCUAAGCCAGUUCCCACUAGAAUAUGAGCCGAAGGAGGCCUGACUGGGCAAAUGUCAAAGGCUUGCUGGUAUUUACUGUAGAACACAGAGAGACAGAACUUAUACGCUGACUUUUUAAAAUCAAAUAUCCAAGUAUUCCAACAGUUAAGAA